AGAGGAGACUUUACAGAAGAUGAAGUGGAUCUCAUGGUUAGGCUUCGAAAGCUUUUAGGAAACAGGUGGUCGUUGAUUGCUGGAAGACUUCCUGGAAGAACAUCCAACCAUGUGAAAAACUACUGGAGUACUCGACUAAGGAAAAAUAUGUCUUCUGGGUCCGAAAAAGAUAAAACCCUAGAAACAACAAAGACAGUAAUAUUAAGGCCUCAACCACGAACCUUCUCCAAAAAGUCAAAUUGUUUGAGCAGCCCAGCUCCAACUUUACAGCAUAUUCAAUUACAAGAGAAUUUUAACUGGCCAUUGCCAUCAUCACCACCUAUAGAAAAUGGAAUUGAUGAGUGGAAAAGCCAGUUAGCUGAUACGAACAGUGUUGAAAGAGAAAUGUGUUCUGGUUUUCCGUUGGAGGAAGAUUUCUUCACAAACUUUUGGGUUGAAAAUAUAGCCCAAAACACAGGAACUGGUAUAAAUUCUGCAGACGAAGCCCUGCUGAGUAACAGUGACUUCUCUUUUCCUCUUUGGAAUUUUUCAAAAGAAAAAUAG